AUGAAGAUCCAAGGCCGCACAUUCAUCGUCUCCGGAGGAGCAUCCGGCCUCGGCCAGGCUUGUGUGGAGGAAAUCUGCAAGAAUGGCGGCAACGCGGCCAUUUUCGACAUGAACGAGGAGAGCGGAGAGGAAUUGGAGAAGAAGCUCUCCUCAUCGGCAAAGUUCUUUGUGUGUAACGUGCUCGAAACAGACAGCAUCGCAAGCGCCGUGCAAGGCGCCGUCAAGUGGGCCAAGGAGACGGGGAAGCCUCUGGGGGGCGUGAUUCCUGCAGCUGGUGUUUCAACUCCUGCCACGAUUCUCGACCGCAAGGGCAAUGCGUUUAGCCUCGACGACUUCGACUUUGUGCUCAACGUGAACCUUCGAGGAACAAUCGACCUGGUGCGCCAGACUCUGGAGCAUAUCGCAAAGGUGGAGCCUGAAGGAUCCGACGAAGAGCGUGGCGUCGUCAUCAUGGUCGCAUCCUCGGCGGCGUUUGACGGCCAGAAGGGCCAAGUUUCUUACUCUGCGAGCAAGGGCGCCGUAACUGCCAUGACGCUGCCAAUGGCUCGGGACCUGGCCCGCUACGGAGUCCGGGUCGUCACCAUCGCGCCGAGUCUUUUCGAAAGCCGCAUGACCAGCGUGAUGCCCGAGAAGGUGAGGAAGAGUUUGGAGGGCGCAAUGGAGUUUCCCAGGAGGGCGGGUCAACCGGCCGAGUUUGCGCAGUUGGCACGGCAGGCCAUUGAGAACGUCAUGUUGAAUGGCGUCGUGAUACGGUUGGAUGGUGCCAUGAGGAUGCCGAGCAAGAUGUGA